AUGCACUUCUCUAGAACACUUGUGCAGAACCAUGAACAGGAGCUCGAUGUCCUCUUGCAAGAUGGAACCUACAAGCCAGUCUUCCUCUACCAUCUCGUUCUAUUCCACUGUUUGCCCCUUGUAGGGUUGAUUAUCCCCUAUCGCCGAGGCACCCGAUUUGUACGGCCAUUCAUCUUCACCCUUUGUGUGGGGAUUGCUGUCGAGGCUAUUAGGAACCACCGCGCUCUCCUAGGUGCAGGUGGAUAUGUGGUUGGCUUAAUGACUGCAUGGUGGCUAGUGUGGUCAGCUACUCUGUUUAUAUUUAGUGACGUCGAGAAUGACUUUUGCCGGAUCGAACGACGAUCUGUAGCUAGUUAUACAUCACAUGAUACCACGGUUUUGAAUGAUAAGUCCACCUCAGUCAUCAUUGAAAAAGGCUUCCAUUGGCAAUCCUACCCUGCUAAAUUAUCACAUCGCGUUGACUGGUGUGCCGGACUUUUGUUCAACCUCCGAGGCCCAGAAUGGAAUUGGCGCGUUACUCGCCUGGGUCCUCUUCCUCGAUCUGUCUAUGCACAGCUACAUUCACGCUUCAUAUCAGGCGAGAUACAUGCGCUGGACGACCACAUUGCUAUUGAUGGGAAAACUCGUUUACGUGAUGCCUUCUAUACUUUUCUCAAGGCAUAUUUGGUGCUGGACAUACUGAAGGCGGUGAUGAUGCGUGACCCGUACUUCCGAGGCGAAGAUACUAUUCAAGCAGCUCUUCCUUUUCCACUUUUCUACUUUGGCUUUUUCCCCUUUGCCGCACGAUUCUACCGCUGCUUUCUGAGCUGCAUGGGCGUUUAUGUCGCCCUCAACUAUGUGACUUCACUCAACCCGCUAUUUUUCCUAGGGUUGUCUCGAUCAUUCCCCAGUUUAUCUCGCAGCCUGACAGCUGCUCCACUCGAUGAGGCCUGGCUAUAUGCUGAAACCUUCGGCCCUUUUGGAUCAUCCGUCCUUGAUCAUGGGCUGGGAGGAGUUUGGGGCAGGUGGUGGCAUCAGCUUUUCCGUUGCGGGUUUACUGCUCCCACUAGGUGGAUUUUCUCAAUUCUUCCAAAGAAGUGGAGUAAUAAUCUCGGAAUGAAGCGUGCAGCUUCUGUAGUGAUUGCAUUCUCAAUAAGUGGCUUCGUACAUGCUUGUGGCAGCUAUACACAAAUUACGCACACCCGUCCUAUCUACGGGCCAUUUUUGUUCUUUUUUAUGCAAGGUAUUGCUGUUGUCGCAGAGAACAUCUUUCAGACUAUCAUUUUCCCCAAUGCUCCUAUCUCGAACACGCCGCGGUGGUUACAGCGAACCACCAACGCUGUGUUUGUGUUCUUUGGCUCCUUUAUUCUGGGCCUUUCAUCGCAGAUGACUUUGCCAGGGGCGGACUAUGGUUAG